AUGGAAUUAGAAAACCAAACCAAAUUGGAAUUUUUUCUGAAGGGACUUUCUGGUUAUCCAAGGCUUGAGCUUCUCUUUUUUGUACUAAUCUUCAUAUUGUACAUGGUCAUCCUUCUAAGCAUUGGUACCCUUUUGAUAGCAUGUUUAACUCUUACCUUCACUCCUAUGUAUUUCUUCCUGGGGAACCUCUCCUUCUUGGACACUUGCUACACCAUCACCUCCAUUCCCCUUAUACUGGUCAGCUUUCUUUCAGAGAGAAAGACCAUUUCCUUCUUUGGGUGUGCAGUACAGAUGUUCCUUGGCUUGGCCAUGAGGACAACAGAGUGUGUACUCCUGGGCAUGAUGGCCUAUGAAUGCUAAGUGGCUAUCUGCAGCCCUCUGAGAUACUCCAUCAUCAUGAACAAGAAUUCCUUUGUUCCCUUGGCAGCUGAGUCCUGGUUUGCAGAUAUUGUCAACUCUGCAGUGCAAACUAUAUUUGUUGUACAGUUACCUUUCUGUAGGAAUGAUGUUAUCAAUCAUUUCUCCUGUGACAUUCUGGCUGUCUCGAAGCUAGCUUGUGCUGACAACUCAAGCAAGGAGUUCAUCAUGCUUGUGGCCACAACACUGCUCAUAUUGGUGCCACUAGUUUUGAUUGUCAUCUCUUACUCAUUAAUUAUUUCCAGCAUUCUCAAGAUCUGCUUUUCUGAGGGGAGAAGCAAAUCUUUCUCUACUAGCUCAGCCCACCUGACUGUGGUAAUUAUAUUCUAUGGUACCAUUGUCUUCAUGUACAUGAAACCCAAGUUUAAAGAGACAUUUAGUUCAGAUGUUAAUGACAAACUUAUAUCCAUGUUCUGUGGAAUGCUGACUCUCACAAUGAAUCCUUUAAUCUACAGCCUCAGAAACAAGGAUGUGCAGAAGGCAGUAAAAUGUCUACUGAACAGAAGCUUUUUCAGCAAUUGA